CGGUGGUUGGUUUGAACUGCGUCACGACUCGAGCGGACACCUGGAUCUGUGAUUGGCUAAGACCGAACAUACGGGCACUUGCGGCAGAGCGAGCCCAUUAAGCUAAAGGUACCAAUAUGGCGGAGGCUUCCCUAGGGAGUUCAAGUCCAGUUGGAUCUUUAUCAUCAGAAGAUCAUGACUUUGACCCAACUGCAGACAUGCUAGUUCAUGAGUAUGAUGACGAGAGGACUCUGGAAGAGGAGGAAUCCCUGGAUGGAGGAAGGAAUUUCAGUUCUGAAAUUGCAGAUCUGGAAAAGGAGGGGACCAUGCCUUUAGAAGAACUGUUGGCCAUUUACCGCUAUGAGGCCUCAGCAGGUUCCAGUAUAGACAGCUCCUCUGGAGACAUUACUGAUGAGCUGCCUGACAUGACUUUGGACAAGGAGGAAAUUGCAAAAGAUCUGUUGUCUGGAGACUAUGAGGAGGAGACCCAGUCGUCAGCUGAUGACCUGACACCAUCGGUCACUUCCCAUGAGACCACGGAUUUCUUUCCAAGAACACUUCGAUCCAAUGCUAUAUCUGACGGUGAUAAAGAGUCAGAGUACGAUGACGAUGGUCCAAGUCCAGAAGACUCUAGAAAGGUAAAAGAGGAAAUAAUGGUUGGAACACAGUAUCAAGCAGAGGUUCCCUCAAGCCUCUGUCACUACAAGGAUGGAGAGAAGGCGUAUGAAGAAGAGGACGAGUUAUUGUGGAGCCCAGGAAUGAUGCCAGAAAACAAAGUUAGGAGUUUCCUGUCGGACGUUUUGUCAAUAACAGCAGAUGAAAAGAUGUCGUGUGACAAACCAGGCACAUAUGUACGGGACAACGAGCAGGCUUUGCACGAGCUUUUGAAGUGUAACUACAACAGCCGCGAAGCACUAGAGAGAUACUGCAGUCACAUCAAGUCUUUGAAAGGAAAAUUGCCCCCGUGGUCAGAAGAGGAAUGUAAAAACUUUGAACAUGCACUACAGAUUUAUGACAAAAAUUUUCACCUCAUACAGAAACACAAAGUCACAACGCGUACUGUAGCAGAAUGUGUGGCUUUUUAUUAUAUGUGGAAAAAGUCAGAACGCUUUGACCUGUUUGUGCAGCAGAAUCGGUUUGGAAAGAAAAAAUACAGCAGCUAUCCAGGAGUAACUGACCUGAUGGACCGGCUGGUGGAUGAAGCCGAGGGUCUCGCAGUAGACAGUUUGUCCUCCGUGUGUUCAGGAGCAGGUGGAGGUGGAAGACUUGAACCCCCCACAGAGCAGCAGCUCAGCCUGCUCAACUCCAUCACUGCUAGUGAUCUCACAGCUUUGAGUAACACUGUAGCCACAGUGUGCAGUCCUGCAGAGGUCAGCUGCCUCGACGCAUACAGUUUUCCUCCUCUGGAAAGCCUCCACCGCGGACCCCUCAACCACGAAGAAUCCCUUGGCUUCCCUUCCCAUGGCGGGGAUCCUGCCAGCCUCAACAUGCUUGACGCUGGCUUCUACCACUCUGACCUGGGCCAGCUGGGCGGAGUGUGUGUCAACAAAGACUGCGAGCGACCGUCCAAGAGACUCAAGAUGGCGCUGCCCAAUGCCUUUAUUAAUGACGUGGACUUUGAAGCACGGCGGACGACGACACACCAUCGAAUAACCGGUACAAAAAUGGCCGUCUCCCUCACAGACUUUGGGAGCUUGUCCAGCGGAGAGCCUAAGGGCUUUCUGGGAGCACACGCACGGCACCACACACAGCACACUGCAGCACUUCAAUCAGAGUGAUCUUCCUCAUCAUUUUCCCUCGUUCUUCACUUUUGAAACCAUUUCUCUCUUGUACAUAAGACUGACCUCAGUGGAGAAUUUGAUUGUUUCUAAAUUCUAUUAUAUAUAUGUGUGUGUAUAUAUGUGUGUAUAUAUGUGUGUGUAUAUAUACAGUAUGUGUGUGUGUAUAUAUAUAUAUACGUAUAUACAUAUA